UUCCUGCUUUCCACCGCAGAAGUGACAGACGGAACGAAAACAAAAUGCGAUAGUUUAACUUCGCCGAUGAGCUGUGAUCGAUGACAGCGUCGUUAUCGCUUCUCGGCGUAUUUCACUGACAGCCUAUUUAAAUGUCAUAUAUCUGUACCUGAGGCGCGUGUCAGUAAUAUAAAAUUAACCAUGCAGUUCUCUCCCACCAACGGAGAUUUCACGUUCGUCUCCUCGACAGAGGCUGAAGAGCUCAGCGGCACCAUCAGUGCCCCAGAUAUAAAGUUAAACAUGGGCGGUGAGAGUGGUAAAGAUCCAUAUGCCACCACCUUCCUGAGGCAGCGAGGCUAUGGAUGGCUGCUGGAAGUGGAGGAGGAUGACAGUGAAGAGACCAAACCCCUUCUGGAGGAGCUGGACAUUGACCUGAAGGACAUCUAUUACAAGAUUCGAUGUGUGCUGAUGCCAAUGCCAUCACUGGGUUAUAACCGGCAGGUGGUCAGAGACAACCCGGACUUCUGGGGCCCUCUAGCUGUGGUGCUGCUCUUCUCCAUGAUCUCCAUCUAUGGACAGUUCAGGGUCGUGUCUUGGAUCAUCACCAUCUGGAUAUUUGGAUCGCUAACAAUCUUCCUGCUGGCUCGUGUUCUCGGUGGCGAGGUUUCCUUCGGCCAGGUUCUGGGAGUGAUUGGAUAUUCCCUUCUGCCUCUCAUCGUUAUAGCCCCUCUGCUCUUAGUGAUCGGAGGGUUUGAGGUGGUUUCUACACUAAUCAAACUGUUCGGAGUGUUCUGGGCUGCUUACAGUGCUGCUUCACUGCUCGUCGGAGAUGAAUUUAAAACAAAGAAGCCCCUUCUCAUAUAUCCCAUUUUCCUUUUGUAUAUCUACUUCCUAUCAUUAUAUACUGGUGUGUGACUGGAUGAGUUGAAACUGUGGACCUUUUCAUGGACAUUGACCCUGGAGCAUGGGGAAAGAAGUCAAACUAUGGAACCAGGAUUUUUUUAAAAGGUGUUUAUUUCUUUUUUAACUCUAUUAAAUCCUAGAUGGUGGGGAUGUUGGGAAUAUAUAUAUCUAUGUAUAUAGUUUUGUCCCUUAUGUCUUUGGUCAAUAAAUUGCAUAUGCUUUUACAGCUUAAACUUCAGUAUGCAGACUUACUGUUAUAAACCGCAGGAAAUAGUCACAGGGUUGUAUAUUAAUUUAAUGUUGUUUUUUUUUUACUCUUUAUCCCACUGAAGAAUGUGGUGCCAAAUGUUUGUGGUGUUUAUGUUCAUGCUGAAGGAAGAAAAUGUGAGAAACGCCACCGCAAAGAACGAAGGAGAUUGUUGUGCAUUAUGUUCUUCAUUGUUAUGCACUGUAAUGUACUAUGAGAAGUGUCCAUCCAAGUGUCCAUUUUCGUUUUACACGAACGUGUUUUCAUAAUUUAUGGAUUCCAGCAGCAGAAGCAGGUCGACUGGGGCAGUUCGAGUGUUACAAACCAUUGUCUGCUAAAUGUGGUGCCUUUUUUCCCCUACCAAUUAGUCCUGUUUGUCAGCCAUUUAAUGCAGGAAUAUAAUCAUUUGAUCAAUAAUUACAGUAAAUUGAUAUAGUUAUUUGUCACUUAACAUCUGGUAUUUCCUGACUGAUUUUUUCAUUAUAUACAGUAAACACAGCUGGUCACACUAAUAUAGUGCCAAUCUCUCCUUAUGGUCUCAGCAGGUUGGAUUCACUCACAAAAUUUCACUCAAAACAAUUAAAAGGUCAAAAAUAGCUGUGUAUCAAUCCAAUAUACAUGCUGAUUUUAUAGAUACAGUCAGUAUCUACUCAUAGGUGGGCGUCAUAGUAAGGGCAGAGUCAGCAAGGGGGAAUAGUCCUGUCCCCCAGCCUGUAAAUGGUGGGAAAUCACGAUUUUAAACUCACGUUAGAGGCACUAUUACAUUUACUAUAGAUAUGAAUAAUUAAACUUAGCAUAAUAUGAGUACCCUACAGCCAUUAACACUGUGAUGUUUUUGUGCGUUCCAUGCACAUUUUGAGACAGUGUAGCAGCCCUCAGUUACUCAACGCUACUAGCCCAUGUUUUAAUGAUGAGGAAUAACGUCAUGGAGUUGCAGCCUGAAGAACUAGCAUUGUUUGUAUAAAAUCUUACAUCCGUUUUUGUUUAACCAGGAGCAGCCUGAAAUCCACAACCAUCUUGUGAUGGGACCACUCUAGCUGUGAUACAGCAUUUUUGGGCAAGUUGGGGCCAUUGGCCCCUUGCUUGGAUCAAACCCAUCUCUGACUUUAGCCUUUAUUUUGAUCUCAACUACACACCUGUUAAGUUUCAUGAGCCAGGGGCAUAAAGUCGGGGGCUAAUGGCCCUUUCCCUACUACCUAUCCCUCUACUUCUGGCCCCUUUACUUUGACCACACCCAUCUUCAUAAUGGGCCUUCAUUUUGAUCUCAGCAACACAUCUGUAAGUUUUCCGACCAUAUCUUGUUACAUUACAGUUUGACAAAAAUCUGUCCACUGACAGAUACCUGUCACCAGUACUCAAAAUGGCUUCUAUGGUAGUUCCUGCUACAGUGAGUGUCGUUAGGACCACAUUUGCCAUGAUAACAUUCACACAUGGAUUCACUAGGUGAAACAAUACCACCUGUCGUAACAUUGGUGGGGCUGGCAAAAACAGCAAAAUCCAACACCACAAAGGCACAUGCUAUGUCAAAAAAAAUGCACAAGUGCAGUUUCUGGUAAGCAUGCAAUGAGCUGAUUUUACGAAUGGUCUUCCCAACCUCCAAACAAUUUCAUCAUUAAAAUCUUUGAAAAUCUC